AUGUCAAAAUCUGAGUCCGCGCAGAGGGGCGAUUGCCCACGCGCCUGGGAGCGGCCGUCACGCACCACAUCAGACGCGGCAAAUAGAGCCCAGAUCCUGCGCAGAGCGACGUCGCCCGCCGUACGAGGGUUCGCGCCGGAAAAGCCGCGGAAAACGCGACGCACGUGCACCGUGUCGGACGUCUGCGGUCGGACUGAACGGAGGGCCGCUGAUAACGCGUCGCGAGGCGUGCCGUGCACCCUGCUUGCAGUCCGAAAACAAUGGAAACGCGCUACGAAAACAUAUAAAGGAACGGGAACCGGCGAAGCCUCGCUACGUGCCGCCAAUUUCCCUUUCGGGAGCUCUCAGCUUCGG